AUGAAUGUUUUUAAAUCUUCAGGGCGUUCUGGUUUCCUGUGGCCUGGUCUGAAUGUCCCUCUUAUGAAAAGUGGAGUAGUCCAGACUAUUGGCCAAAGAACCAGAGAAGAACAGCAGAAGGUGGAGGCCGACAUGACGCAGCAGAGAGAAGAGUGGGAACGGAGGAGGAAGAUAAAAGUUAAACGGGAGCGCGGGUGGAGCGGAAGCUCAUGGGGAGGAGUCAGUAUUGGCCCCCCAGACCCAGGACCUAAUGGAGAAACGUAUGAAGACUUUGACACCAGGAUUCUUGAGGUAAGAAAUGUUUUCAAUAUGACAGCAAAAGAGGGAAGAAAGAAGUCGGUCCGUGUCCUGGUUGCUGUGGGGAAUGGAAAUGGGGCUGCAGGCUUUGCUGUUGGGAAAGCUGCUGACCGGGCAGAUGCUUUCAGAAAGGCAAAGAACAGAGCAAUUCAUUAUUUGCAUUAUAUAGAACUAUACGAAGGCCAUACAAUAUUCCAUGAUAUUUCACUAAGAUUUAAAAGGACGCAGAUCAGGAUGAAGAGACAGCCCAGAGGUUAUGGCCUCCGCUGCCACAGGGCCAUUAUCACCAUCUGCCGCCUCAUUGGCAUCAAGGACAUGUAUGCGAGGGUCACUGGGUCUAUGAACAUGACCAACCUCACCAGGGGCCUCUUCCACGGGCUUGCUCGCCAGGAAACUCACCAACAUCUGGCCGAUAAGAAGGGUCUCCAUGUGGUGGAGUUCCGGGAGGAAUGUGGCCCUUUGCCUAUUCUGGUAGCCUCCCCACAGGGGGCCUUGAGUAAGGAGCCGGAGCCAGAGCCUGAGGUUCCUGACAUCAAACUGGACUGGCAAGAAAUAAAGGCCAUGCAGGGGAUGAAGCGCUCUGUGUGGUCUGGUUUAAAAAGAUCUGCCACCUGAAUGCCCCCAGCCUGGCCCAGCCAGUGCUUGGUGCUGGCCAGCACCUGGAAGAGACUCUACCCUACAAUUUGAUGUGUUGCCUUUCUUUUUCUUCUUUUUUUUUAAAACCUUCUUUGUUUUUAAAUAAAUAAUUACAGAUUUGAUUUAUUGAGCACAUAGUA